UCUGUCAGGUGCUAUAAUAUCAGCUGUCAAUUAUAAUAAUUUAUUUUAAAUCACUUUCUCCUUCAAUAGAUAUCUCUUCAAUUAUAAUUAAACAUGAAUUUUAAUAAUUUACGUUAAUAGAAGUUUUGUAGAUUAAUAAAAAAUGAAUAAAAAUAUGAAUUCUCCGUCGAAACUUACGGAGUUUGCACCAUUAAGUCCAGAGGAAACUCAACCUGUUGUUGCUUCAAUUUUUUCAAAAAUCUUUAAUUUUACCAAAAGUACAGUUCAAACAAACGAAACUCUAACAUCACCAAAUAAUGAUGAACGAAGUUCAUCUGGUGAUUCAGAAUCUUGGAAACAAACUGAGAGUAGAGAAAAAACUCCUGUUGAUGAUAGUUCAAGUAUGAUGAAUUUUUCCUUGGACAAUCGUGAAGGGCGUAGUUUACCAAAUGUCUUAAAAAGAAUUAGUAAUAUUGUGGCUUUAAAAAGCAGUAAUCUACAAUCUUAUAAAGAUUCACAGUUACGUAGUUAUUGGAUGCCUGAUAAUGUGAGUAAAGAAUGUUACGAGUGUAGCGAAAGAUUUACCACUUUUAGAAGACGACAUCAUUGUCGUGUUUGUGGACAAAUAUUUUGUUCAAAAUGUUGUUGCGAUGAAAUUCCUGGAAAAAUCAUGGGCUGCACAGGUGAUUUAAGAGUAUGUACCUACUGUUGUAAAGUAGUACUUUCCUAUUUACAAUCUUCUGAUAUGAGAAGUGAUCUUUCUGCUGAUUUGAAAGCACUUCAAGAAGAUCUUGAAGUAAAAUAUGGAAAUGAUUCAUUAGCUGUAUGCCAAAGACGUUCUGACGAUAUUGUAGAAAGUGAAACUGUAUCAAGAAAGCCAAGUGUUGGCUAUAUGGAAGAAAAAUAUGCCAUUGGACGCUCAUCAACUUAUUUAACAUCACAAGAACGUUCAUUUGCUUUACGAAAUUCCGCAUCAUUAAGAAUGAUAUAUGAAGAAUUAUUUCGAUCAAAUCGAGCAAUGAUUCUUCAAACACACAGGAUAAGAUUAAAAAGUUAUUACAACUGCUUUAUAGGCAGUGAUUUAGUUAAUUGGAUGAUUGCACAAAAUAAAGCAGCAAAUAGAAUACAAGCCACUGCAAUUGGACAAGCACUUUUUGAAGCUGAUUUCAUUGAACAAGUAUUGGCGGAUAAUUUUUUUAGUGAUACAUCGGCAAUUUUUAAACCAGUGAAAUUACCACGAAUGCAAACGUCAGAUUUUUUAACUGAAAGUCAAACAUCUUGCGAUGCACAAGAACCGGCUUGGGUAAAAACAAUUCCACAACAUGAUUCGACAACAGAUUCUGAAAGUGAAUCGAAACAACCACAAUUAUCGCCACAAAAUCAUCCACGAUUACCUUCAUCUGGUUCGAGUUUUUAUUUAGAUUUAAAUUUGGAAGCAUCAACCGUUACAUUAAAAAGACCAACAUCAGAAGAUUUAACGACUAUUUCAAUAGACAGCGGUGAUGGUAUAAUUGAAAGAAAGGAAAUUAAUAUUAAAGCAUUGGAGAGAAAUUCAAAAGUUACCGAUGAAGUUUUAAGUGAUACACUACAAGUGCAGGAGCCAAAAGAGAGAAAUGGUUGGCAUAAAGCUGUCAAUUUUAGAAGUGCAUUUGGUGAACUUAAUGCAUACAAUUGUUUAAUGUCAGCGUAUAAACAACACGAAGAAUCAUUAUUAAAACAAUUACUCAAUAAGGAAGGACUCUCGGAGAAUUGGUCGGAAACAAUAUUAUCAAUAGCCCAUCAGGUUGUUGAUUGUGUGAGACCUGAUUUAAAUCACAAUGCCGAGGAUUUGGAUAUAAGGCAAUAUGUGCAAAUAAAAAAAUCACCAGGUGGCAGUAAAAAUGAUUGUGAAAUUGUUUCGGGCGUUGUAUGCAGUAAAAAUGUUGCACAUCGCGGUAUGAAUGCAAUGAUUGCAAAUCCAACAAUACUUUUACUUCGUUGUGGACUCAUGUAUCAAAGAGUUGAGGGUAAAUUAUUGAGUUUAGAACCAGUGAUGCUUCAGGAGAAUGAUUAUCUUGGUCAUACUGUUAAAAGAAUAACUGCACUUGGUCCCGAUAUUGUUUUAGUUCAUCGUUCAGUUUCACGUCUCGCUCAGGAUAGAUUACGCGAAUGUGGCGUGACAUUGGUGUUAAAUGUGAAAUUAAGCGUUUUAGAAAGAGUAGCACGAUGUACCGAUGCAAAUAUUGUCGAUACAAUUGACGCACAUAUUUCAGCGCGCUGUAGACUUGGUACUUGUAAAAAAUUUUAUCUACGAAAUUUUCCAUGCGAAAAAUUGGGCGUUAAAACACUUAUGUACUUUGAGGGUUGUGCAAAUCCACAUCUUGGUUCAACUAUUCUUUUACGUGGUGGCUCUGAAAGAGAAUUGAAACGCGUUAAAAAAGUCACGUCAAUGAUUAUAUUCACUGUUUAUUCGUGGCGUUUGGAGAAAUCAUUUUUAAUGGAUGAAUUUGCAAGGCCACCAUCGCCAAAGAAUAAUUCUUUUCUCGAUGAAAAUGAUCCUCCAAAUGAUCAUUUGAAUGAGGAGAAAAAUACAUUUAAAACUUCUUCUAUGAUUGAUCAUUUAAAUUCUUAUGAUACUUUGAAAUUAUUUAAAACCAAUGCAAGAUCAAUUUCCGAAGAAUCAAAAGAUGAAUCAAUUGGCAAUGAAAAGGGAAAAUUAAAAGAGCGAUUGUCUUUUGAUGAUAAACGUGUUUAUGGUGAAUCGAUAUGUGAUCAAAGUGAUCCAUUGCAUCAGUAUUUAAAUGAGGAUGAUGAUAAUAAUUUUAGUCAAAUAAGUCCCAAUGGUCAGGAGCUUUCAGUUGCUGAAUUGCCAUUAUUGAAUAAAUUUAAAAAAACCCUCGAAGGUACAAUAUUAAGUGUAUCGCCUUAUUUAAAAUUUACAACACCAUUUUUAGAAACUGAAACUGGUCGUAAUUGUACGUUGAGAAAAUUUUAUCCAAAGGAAAUAUAUUAUUCAAUUCAUUUUGAGGAUAAAAUUGAAAGUGCAAAAAUAGCUAAUAGUGAAAUUUUACAUCCACUCGCUAAUUUGAUACUUAAAGCACCGCAUCCGUUUAUUGAGGCAAAAUUAACGUCAAGUGCCGAUAGUCGUGAGGUUCAAACACUUCUUGCUAAUUUUCGUGCUUGUGGCAGUCGUUUGGAGAAUGUAAAUAAUGAAUUAUCAAUAAAGAAACAAAUUAUCAUUCCUAGUGAAAUAAUUGAAGCACCAACGCGACUCGAUUGUUUAGAUCCAAUGAGUCAUCAGCAUUUGUCAGUUUUAUUUUGUAGUUUUAUGCACAAUAGCAAUGAUACACCAGUGUUUUGUGUUAAUCCCUGGGUUGUUAAUAUGGAUCUUUAUGGUAGGAAUGACAUUGCAUUGGGACGUUUUUUAGAGAGAUAUUGCCUAACAACUGAAUAUAAAUGUCCAGCUGAGGAUUGUCGUGCACAAAUUGCACAGCAUGCAAGACGUUUUGCUCACGAUGGCGGUUGUGUUUAUAUAACAUUAACUGAAAUGAAUACCGAGCCAUUUGGUCAGGAGAAUGCAAAUCAAAUACUCAUGUGGAGUAAAUGUGAAAAAUGUAAAAGUGUCUCGCCAGUAAUACCAAUGACCGAUGACACAUGGUCAUUUUCAUUUGCCAAAUAUUUGGAAUUAAAAUUUCACGGCGGUAUUUAUACACGACGCGAUACAGAAAUUUGUCAACAUUCAUUGCAUCACGAUCAUUAUCAAUAUUUUUCGAAAAAAAAUAUGUUAGCUGUUUUUAAAUAUAAUAAAAUAUCGCAAUGGGAAAUUUCACUACCACCAACGUUAAUUAAUAUUUAUUAUGAUUCAAAACAAUAUACAAAUGUAAUUGAAGAAAUGAAAAAUGUUGCAUUAAAGGGCGAUGAAGUAUUUUCCAGUAUUAGAGAAAAAUUAGCUGUAUUUUCAAUUGAACAGGAGAAUUUGAAUUUAUUAAAAAUGCAAUUGUCACGCGAUCAAUCGUAUUUUAAAAAUAAAAUUGAAGAGGCACAAUUGAAAUUAACAUCGCCAACAUUGGAGAAUAAAAAAUUGGAUGGUAAAAAAUCGGAGAGUCAAGUACAAUUAUUGAUGCAUCGAAUUGAGGAUGGUAUUGUUUUAUUAAAGAGAUUGAUUUCUGAGAAUGUGACAGAUUGGAAUUUAAAAAUUUUGGAGAUUACAGCAAAAAAGAAAGAUGAAAGAUCACGUAAAUUUACCGAAAGAUCGUUAACUUCGAAUAGUACGGGUGUUAUUGAUAACGAUGGUUAUAUCACUGAGGAUACUGCAUCGGAAUCACAAGUCGAAGAUCUCAGUCCAAUGUCAGCUGAUUAUAAUGCAGUUGAUGCAAUAUCGGUUGGACAAACUGAAGGACAAUACACGGAUACUGUGGAAAGUUCAGAUAAUGAGAUUGCUGAGAAUACAACAAAUCCUGAGGAGAUUGUUGUUGUUCAUGAAUCACCGAAAAUGCAUCAGAGAUCGUAUUCAGAUGUUUUGCCCAUUACUUCAGAUGAGAUACCCGAUAAAAAGAAGAAGAAGAAAACUAUUUUAUCACAAUUGUUGCCUUCCAUUUCAACGACAAAUGCAAUUCAAAAUCCUUUAGGAACAAUUGAACAUCAUUUGCUACCUCUAGGAUCCGUAGUACCAAUAGUUGUUUAUGAAUCUGAACCAUCGUCGAUAAUAGCCUACGCAUUAGAUUCUCACGAUUAUAAACAUGCUCUACAGGAACAAUUGAGAAAUAUUAAAGGCUUAGAAACAAAUUCAAGUCCAUUGAAUAAGAGAAAAUUUCCAGAAUUCAAAGACAAUAUUUCUGAUGUGAAUCAAUCUGGUGAAUUUAAACGACCAUCGAUGCUUUCUUUUCUCAAAGGAAAUACUCCAAAUCCAACGAGUCCACUUGAUAUUGAUAAGGGUGCACCAUCAAUGGAAAAUGCAAAUCCAAAUUCAUCAGUACCAUCUGAAACGGAAGAAGAGAAACGAACAACAAAACAACAAAAUUAUAUUGAAGUUCAAUUUAAUGAUGCAACAACAAAUUUUUACUGUCGAGUUUAUUUUCCUGUACUUUUUGCUGCUCUUAGAGAAAAUGUUUUACCAUGUGGAGAGGAUGGAUAUACAAGAAGUUUGAGUCGCAGUGUUCAAUGGGCAGCUCGUGGUGGUAAAAGUGGAAUCACAUUUUCUAAAACUCGAGAUGACAGAUUUAUUCUAAAGGAAAUGACGCGUAUCGAUAUGCAGAUAUUUUUAGAAUUUGCACCCAAUUAUUUUGCCUAUAUGGAAAAAUGUCAACAAACAAAACAACCGACACUAUUGGGAAAAAUUGUUGGUGUCUAUAGAGUUUCAUUUAAAAAUAAUACAACAAAUGCAGCAUUACGUAUGAGUGUUUUAGUGAUGGAAAAUCUUUUUUACAAUAGAAUGAUAACUGAUAAAUUUGAUUUAAAAGGAUCUGUGCGCAAUCGUUUGGUAAAUCCCGAAGAUGUUGACAGAGAAGGAGAAUUGGUUUUACUCGAUGAAAAUUUAUUGAAUAUGAGUUGCGAUUCUCCAUUAUACAUUCGACCACAUUCCAAAGCAGUUUUAAACAAAGCUAUCGAGGAAGACACGAAAUUUUUGGCCGAUAAUUGUGUAAUGGAUUAUUCCCUUUUAGUUGGCUUGGAACCAAAUACAGAUGAACUUGUAUUAGGAAUAAUAGAUUAUAUAAGAACAUUUACCUGGGAUAAGAAAAUAGAAACAAUUGUAAAAAAAUCAGGAAUACUCGGUGGUCAAGGUAAACUACCAACAAUAGUUUCACCUGCCGAAUAUCGUUCUAGAUUUAUAGAAGCAAUGCAUCGUUAUUUUUUAUCAGUGCCCGAUAGAUGGACAGGAUUAGGACAAGGAAUACAAGUACCUUAAAAUAUUUUUCGAAAUUUAUACUCCUAGGAUUAUAUAUUUUUGAAAAUGAGUUUUAUUCAUACAAACAAACAAAAAAAAAAAAAAAAUUGCUAUAUUAGCAAAAACAAAAAAAUUAUGCUAAACAUUGUUACCUCAUUGAGGUUUUAUUUUUAUUGUACAAAGGUACUUUUUUAAAUUAUUAUUGUGAAUAUUUCAUUAUAUAAAUUGUAUAUAUAAAUAUGUAUAAUUUUUGUAAAAUAAUUUUACAAAUUAACAAAAAGAAAUAACAAGUUGUCUAUGAAAGCACCAUUAUAAUGAUUUUUAUUUAGAUAAUAUUUUUUUUUUUUUGUUUUCAUAAAGUAUGUACAUGAACAUUAUUUAUAAUAAUAGACAAAUAAACAAUAGUAAUAAUAAUAAUAAUAAUAAUAACAUAAUCGUAUAAUAAUAAUCUAAAUUCAUAAGCACGAGGGACCGCUCAGAACAUUUAAAAUACGUAUCGUGAGAGGAAAAGUUGUUAUUCCAUAAUAAUCGUUCGACGAUUGUAAAUAAAUUUUAAAUUCUGUACACAUUUUUUUCAAAAAAAAAAAAAAAAAAAAAAAAAAAAAAAAAAAGAAGAAAGAAA